UUUCUGCGUCUGCGCAGUUGAUGUAAACAGGAAGAGCCAUAAGGAAGUUAAAUGAAAGAUGGUACUUUGAGAUAUAACGUGGGUGUGUGGAGGUGAUACCUCGUCAGUAGGUCGGUGCAUAUCCUCGCAGACAUCGGGAUUGUUGCAUGCUAACUAGUCUGGAUGUUUAGAUAACCUCUCGUCUCGGGCCGUGUUAUUCAUUACACUGUAGCAUAGGCUAGAUUGUCCUAACGUUGGGUCAUGCCCAGGUGUUUAGCGAGAUAAGGGAACUUAAUUUUAUUUUUUAUACAAACCUACGACGUUAAGCUAGAGGACAGUUCCUAGGCUUGCAGCGUGCUGACUAGUAUCCGAUUGUUAAGACGAUGGACUCCAAGAAGGGCGAGCAGAAACCCCCCUCGGGCCCAGAGGCGGCCGGCAGCAGCGGAACGACCACCGGCCGUAAGACGUUCAUCAGCGGCGUGGUCGAGGGUUUCUAUGGGCGACCUUGGACCAUGGAGCAAAGGAAGGAGCUUUUCCGGAAGCAACAGAAGUGGGGAUUGAAUACCUAUUUGUACGCUCCAAAAGAUGACUACAAACACAGAAUGUUUUGGAGGGAGAUGUACUCCCCUGAAGAAGCAGAGCAACUCAUGGCCCUCAUUACUGCGGCCAAGGAGCAUGACGUAGAUUUCAUUUACGCCCUCUCCCCUGGGCUGGACAUCACCUUCUCCAACCCGAGAGAGGUCGCCACUCUGAAGAGGAAGCUGGAUCAGGUCUCUCGCUUUGGGUGCAGGUCCUUCGCUCUGUUGUUUGACGACAUCGACGCCGACAUGUGCCCUGCGGACAGGAAGGUGUUCAGCUCCUCUGCCGACGCCCAGGUCUCCCUCACCAACGAAAUCUUCCAGCACCUGGGGGAGCCGGAGACGUUUAUGAUAUGCCCCACAGACUACUGCGGAAGGUUUUGUUCUCCCAGCGUCUCAGAGUCUCCUUACUUGCGGACAGUAGGAGAAAAACUCCACCCGCGGAUUGACGUGCUUUGGACAGGUCCCAAGGUUGUGUCGAACAACAUUCCCGUAGAGUCCAUUGAAGAGGUCUCUAGGGUGCUGAAGAGAGCCCCUGUCAUCUGGGACAACAUCCAUGCCAAUGACUACGACCAGAAGAGGCUCUUCCUGGGCCCGUACAAGGGGCGGUCAACGGACCUCAUCCCCAAGCUCAAGGGCGUUCUGACCAACCCCAACUGUGAAUUCGAGCCCAAUUUCGUGGCCAUCCACACCCUGGCCACCUGGUGCAAAUCACAUGUGAAUGGUGUGAGGAAAGAUAUUGUCAUGGCAGAGGGCGACAACAGUGGCAUGUCAACUCAGGGAAAGGGGGAGGAGGACAACAGUGAUGAGGAGCAGGAGAUGGACGAGCUGUACAGCCCACGGCAGGCCCUGAAGCUCGCCCUGGCAGAGUGGCUGGAGGAAUUCGGGGCACCGCACCAGUACGCCACUCCGGAGGAGCCCAUGGAUACAGACAGAGAGGGAGCAGCCGAGCCCCGGGCCCCCGAGGCCCCGCAGGACGUGGUCACGCCCAUGCAGACGGACGAGCAGGCAGGCUGGGAGCCGUACGCGCCGGGCCCCCAGGACCGGCCCCUGUACACGGCCGAGGCGCUCACACUGGACGACCUGACGCUCAUGGCCGACCUGUUCUACCUGCCCUACGAGCACGGGCCCAGGGCCGUCCGCAUGCUCCAGGAGCUGCACUGGGUCAGAACCAACGCCGGCGUGCUGAGCCACAGGGGGAAGGAGACGGAAAAGGCUGCAGAAUGGCGGUCCCGGAUGGAGGAGUUUGUGGAGAUGUACGAAGCCGUCAACAAGAUGUUCACCAGAGUGUGUAACUCGGCCAACAGGAGCAUCGUGUACGACCUGUACCCCUACAUCCUGGAGAUAAAGAGCAUCACGUCGGUGGCCAAGCAGUUUGUUGAGUGGUUGGGCUCUCAUACUGAGUCCUCAGCACAGUUCUUAAGUGGAGACCAAGAACCUUUUUCCUUUAAAGGCGGUCUAACGGGGGAGUUCCAGAGGAUGUUGCCCAACGACGCGGCACACGACCUGUUCCGCCAGCCGCCAUCUUGCCAGACCUACUCCGUGAGGCCGUACUUUACCAAAGACGAGCCCGCGGUGAGGGAGAUAUGCAGGGAAACGCACAGCGAGGGAGGGGCUAGCCGUGCCUGCCCGCCACAUCCACAGACCAUGGAAGACAGGUUAAUGGGUGUGCCCCUCGGCUUUGGCCCAGACUAUGGCUUCGUCUUGGAGGAUGAGAAUGGUGUGUGUGGCUAUGCCCUGGGCAUGAUCCAUGCUGAAGCCUUCCUGACAAAGGAUGAGAAGAGCCAGGCUCGAAGCGCAUCGGAAAAAACACCCAAACCCAGCUCUGGAAAAGAGGUGUCGGGAGCCCAGGGGGCGAUGCCGAGUGACUGCGUUAAGGGGGAGGAGGGGGAGGGCAGGAACCUUCCCAAAACGUUCCUCGGACGUUUCCCAUCCCUGAUCAAAGCGCAGAUCCACCCCAAGGUCGUGGACACCGCCGCGCCCAGGAGCAUGAUGGGAUGCCUGCUCACGUCCCUCAAAGACGGUGGCUCGCAUGGUGCCUUCUGUGCGGUGAGGCAGACGGACACGAGGCUGCUGGACCUCUACAGUAAACUCGGUGGCUUUGAAGAGGUGAAACUGGAGGCAGCCCAAAAGGAUGUGGUCAUUUUGGGAAAAAGCCUGUGAUGGCCUGUGUGAAGAGAAGAGAUUAAUGUUAAGUUUCACUGCAAAAAAAAAAAAAAAGGAAAGUGCUCAAAUUACUGCAGGCUGAGUGGGGUUAGGGAGGAACCUGGGAAGGAAACACAAAAUGGCUGCUUUCUUUUUCUUCUCAUGCCAUCCUCCACAGGCCACAUUUCUAGGAAGAGGCUACAUGUGGAGGGGCAAACACUGCUGUUUUGUGGGUUAUGUGAAUGCCAUUCACCUGAUUGCCCAUGCCCAGGCCAACUUAUAUGCCAAUCACAAUAAAUACAUCUACAGCAAAAUGCUACUGAAUACACUAAGGAUGUUUUUUAAUGCAUUAAACAGAUUUAAGCCAAUAUGCAGGGAAUUUAAUAGUUAAGAUGGGGAAAAAUAAUAUCUAUGAGGGCAAGAAAAUUGUAAGUUAUUCCAGCAAUAAAAAAUAGAAUUGUUUGAAAGAUAUGUGAUCAAAAUAAAAUUAAGUGAAGACAAAUUGAUUGGUGGAAAUGCAGAGUUAUUGUCUAAAGAGGCGUUUUAUGAGACGACAAUAAGUGAUAGGACACUGCUCAGUCCUGAUGCUGACACUCCACAGUUCAUAUAGAGACGAGAUGGUAAUAUUCUUGCUGUGGGGGGUUAUCCUGGAGGUUUCAUGAGAGUUUUACAUCCACAAAGUGUCAUUUGUUUUGGUUUUCUUCCAUAGACUGUGCACAGUUGAUUUUUGGACUCACUGUUGAGUGAAACAUGACGGGUUUUUGUCCUGCUUGGUUUGAUAGUCUUUUUCCUCAUGCCAGACCCAUGUUCAUGUUUGCUUCACUACACCGGUGUCCUUGUCUGAUCUUUCCUGUCUAACUGUGAUGGAAAGGUAGAAGAACCUGAAUUGCUCAUCAAUAGCAUGUCAUAGCACUGAUCCAAAGGAUGUGAUGACUGAGUAUCUGAAAUUAGUGUAUGUUGUUUGCUUUUGAUCAAGUGUGUCUUUUUGAUUGUGUCUAUGCAAUAAAGUGUCUCUCCUCAGGUGAAUGAAGGCAGCUUGACAGUAGACAAUUUCAAGGAGCUUUCCAUGUGAAGGGCACAGCUACCUCUAAUGAGGUGUAUUUUUAAAUAUCGAUGCAUUCUCUUGCAUUAUUUCAGUAUGAAUAUGUAUAAUUUGUG